UAUUGUAAACUAGAGAAUAACCUUCUGAAAAACCAGGUGCUUCUCACUGCUACCUGGUCAAAAUUUUUGGGUGCAACAGCAUCUCUCGUCAGAUUUGAAUCUGAAAAGACACCAACCCACAGACAAUAUGGUUGCAAUUCUCCGUGCCCCGUCCCUGGGACAGCCACUAUCACCAGGUUCGCCCGACAUGAUGGACAUCUCAAGUAGAUUCCUCAAUGUGGACCUCGGUCCAGCCUCGGAAACAUCAGUAGUGGUAUUGCAGCAGCAGCAGAAGGUGUCUGCAAAGGAGGCCGUAGCUAGGAAUGGCCUCCUCUGGACGCCUCGACGUGCUUUUUCCACAACUGAUUAUCCACCCUCGGUUAAUUCGUCCGUUGUCCUGCAGAGACAACACCGUCUACCCACCCCGCUUGCUACACCAAGAGAGUCUGCGGAGACAGACUCAUACUUCGAGUUCUACCCUCAUGUUGCGAUUGCAAAGCCGCAGCUCGCAGCUUCUCCGGUCGUACUCACUCCGCGAGGCACAAACCAUUUGCAGCCCGCACGUCCACCCAUGCUAGUACAGUCAAGGUCGUACUCAGUGACAGACGUCGAGCCAGUCCCAUUUACACACCAACCGGGUGUGGCCCUUACCAUAGAGGAUCUGCCCCCUGAGCUGCACUACGCCAUCUUCGACUUCUUGGACCCCAUCGACAGCACGUGCCUAGGGUUGACAAGCAAGCAUUUCUACUCGAUCCACAAGCGAAUGCACGGAAAAGUGUCGCUGUCAGCUAGGCGAGAGGGUCCUAACGACAUGGAGUGGGUGUGGCGGAACGCACUUAUAUCGGGUCCGUUCGUGGCUAGCAGCGGAGUAGGCAAGCAGAACUCGCUGGCGUUGCUGUCCCCACGGGGCCAGGUAUACUGCCGCAAGUGCCGCACAGCGCGCUGUGAGCUGCACAACCACAUCCGCGAAUGGGUCGGCGGCAACCAGGAAUACUGCGAGGUAUCGCAGAAGUUUGGCGCCGCCGCUCCCGAGAAGGCGAGGGCUUUCUGCUACCGGAGCUCUCCGAAACAUCCGCACCGUUGCGGUAGACACACGCGACAGCAGCGGCCCGUUCGGCUCGUGUAAGACACGGCCGGAGGAGACGGGGGCUGUCAAAAUAAAGUAACCUAGUCGACUAUAAAGGUUGACUAAAGAACCGAGAAUUAAACUCUAUUCUCGGGAGGCCGAGAAAUGCCUCACUAUCAACAAACCAAUAUAUUAUUGUCUC